AUGGUGCGCAAAAAGAUAGACAGCCGAGUGCGUACACUCGUUGAGAACGGUGUCAAAACAGGACAUCGGUCCUUUUUUGUCCUUGUAGGUGAUCACGGGCGCAAUCAGAUAGUUAAUCUACAUUAUAUCCUGUCGAAAGCGACUGUUAAAUCGAGACCAUCGGUACUUUGGUGUUAUAAGAAGGAACUGGGUUUCAGUAGUAAUCGAAAGAAGCGUAUGCGCCAGAUUAAAACAAAGAUAGCCAGGGGAUUAGUGGACCCAGAUACUGAUGAUCCGUUUGAGUUGUUUGUGUCGGCUACUGAUAUAAG